AUGGAUAAUGAUCGAAUUAUAAAUAAAACAGUAAACAUUAGCAAUUCAAACAUCACUUUUGAAGAAACUGUGUCAGAAAGCAUUCUACCCCCAAGUCUUCAAUAUGCGUUUGGAGGUUUUGGAAACAUCAUGGCCAUAUUUUUUCUCUGUCGAUCUGCCGGGGAACAUAAAUGGAAACCUUUCUACAGAUUUGUCUGCGGUUUAGCUAUAAGCGAUUUUUGUGUAAUAGCCUUAGUUUAUCCAGCGGUAAUGGUGCGCUAUAUCUCAGGAUUUACUUUUGAAUUUCCCAGACAACUUUGUGAAUACUGUUCAUUUUGGUCCUCUUUCUCCUUCAUGUCUUCAGCCCUGAUUGUAAGUGCCAUGUCUUUUGAUCGUUUUCUGGCCGUUCGUUUUCCAAUAUGGUACAGGAACACACAGAAAAGAAGAGCUAACAUAAUGCUUCUGGUGAUUUGGGCAUUUACAGCCACCGUAUCUUCUCUUAAUCUUAUAGGCAUUGGAUCAGUCAAAAACUUUUAUCCAGGAUCGUGGUGCUUUAUAGACUUUGCAAAUAAGGGACUGUUAGAAAGGGUGAACACUUACAUAUAUUCCAUCACUGGCAUAAUUAUUUUAUUAAUAACAGUUUUUCUAAACGUAGCUGUUGCUUAUUCCGUUUGCCGAAAACCAGUUUUAACGACUAUCGACAACAAAAGAAAAAGAAAUGACAUUUACAUUAUUGUUUUCCUGUUUACUGUAGUAACUCUUUUUUCCAUUUGCUGGGUUCCUUUGAUGGUUCGUAUGUUAAUGAAUGCCAGUGCAAAGUUCCCUAAGAAUGGACCAGAGGAACUUAUGGCUGUGCGACUGACCAUCAGUAACUCCAUUGUUGACCCAUGGAUCUACAUCAUUCUACGCAAAGAAAAUCUGGUCAAAGUGGUGCAUUUGAUUCGUAGAUUCAACAACCAUAAACAAAGGCAAACACAUAUGUUCACAGUAGAACCAUGUGCUGAUGGAGAUAAAACGAACACAAUCGAACACACCCCAUCUUUGAGCAUUGCAAACUGUACAACACAGUCAUAA